AGGAACGAAUCUCCAGGGUUCUCGAAAUCUCUCGAGUGGCAUUGCAUUAUGGUUAUCUACCGUUUGUGCUCUACCUCGGUUACUCAUGCAGCACGCCGAAACCUUCUUUGAUUCGUUUGAUAUCUCCUCUGGCGUAGAAGGGUGCGAUAUUGGGAAUGAUGGUGGGAGCCAGCGGCCAUGAGGGUGGGCAUGUUGAUGUUCUUAAAACUGACGCCGAGUUUUUGCGCUGUACGACAGUAAUGAUCGAAUCUACUAGUUAUUAUAGAAAUACACUCCAGCUUACCCCA